UGCGAUUCUGAAAUGAAUACGUUGUUAGUUACAGUGUUACUCUAAAAUAUAUGAUCUGAACAUUGAUUUGUCAGUCUGAUAGUUGUAGUGUUGUUUAAGAACAUAGAAAUAUUAUUUUCUUUAACGGACAGAAUGGUUGUUUCUUUGUUGCCGUUGCUGAGUAUGGUGAUAACUACAUCACGUGCCACCUCACAAUGUCAAUCAAGCAUAGAAGGACGAGAAUUCAUCUUUGGAAUUAUACAGACAGCGAGGAAUAGUUACUACAACACAAACCCUAAAAGCAAUGACACCAACGACUUACAUAUAAUUAACGCUUCGCCCAAUCAUAAUAGGAUUCAUCUACAAAUACCGUACUUCAAUAUAGAUACAUAUCACGACAUACCACCUGAUCAGAGUAAAACUGUAAAUAUAAAUCCCAGUAUACAAAAAUCUGGUACUUUCCAUAGCAAAAGGGGAAUACGUAUAACAUCGGAUCAUGAUAUAUCAGUCCUAGUUACAUGCGUGAAAUCGGGAUUGAAUGAGUCCGCCGCUGUCGAAUCGUAUAAUGUGUUCCCGACAAGAAGUACAGGGAGGCACUAUUUCAUUUCUUCAGGGACACAAAGGAACUAUAGGUGGUCUAUUUCAAAUACGGUUCUAGUAACAAGUAACGUUGACAAUAAUCUUGUAACAUUUUAUAACACCUCAACCGGUCGCAUGAACUCCACAGUAAUUGGUAAGUUUGAUGUUUAUCAGUAUCACAGCAAUUACGAACAGUUUACUGGCCUUCUUAUCGAAGCUGAACGUGAUAUCACGGUGAUAGUUGGAGUAGAAAGGCAUAAUGGCUACUAUGGCUACUACGGGGAUAACGUGUUCAGAGCUAGAACAAUAUCCAUGAUUCCAACCAAAUAUUGGGCGAAUAGCUAUAUAGUACCCCAAACGAGACAUGCUGACGCAGCUUCGCUCAUAAUAAGGUCUGAAUAUGUUUCGCUUCGAGUCAAUAUAAGUACAAAUACCCAUUCAUCACUGUCUAUGAAUAAAAACCAAUCAUUUGUAAAUACCUCCGUGGUUUUAACAGCCGAAAAACCAUUCUCCAUUUCGCAAAAUAGUUUCAGUUCCUACCACAACAAUACCAAUGAUGAUUUUAUGGUUCUGGUGCCGGGAGUGGAUCAAUACAUCAAUGACUACCGCUUUACUGUUCCACAUCUUUACUCAAAUAUAACGCAGCUGCAUCUACGUACCAAGAAUUAUAUAGCAAUCAUUGUUCCAACAACGUUCAAAGACGACGUGCUCAUAGACGGCGUGCCUGUGCAAUAUACGGGAGACUCGAGAACGAAAAAACAGUUUCCCGUCCCGUCACCGUUUAGUAAUUACACAGUUUUGUCAUUUGAAAUAAGUGAAGGUUAUCAUAGAGUUCGUCAUCGUUUGUCACAUGUGAAGUUUGGACUGCUUGUUUAUGGCUUGGGAACAAUAAAUGAUUACUGGUAUAGCGGUAAAGAAAACAACAGCAACAGUUACGGAUUCUAUGCUGGUUUCAAUUUACAAGGCGGCCAGUGUGAGUACCCUGGUACUGAACCAACAACUUAUUCAGUACCCCAUGGCUAUACAAGCUCAACCGGUACUAAAGGUCCCUAUCAAAACAACGUUACAAUGUGCUACGGCUGUGAAGAUCUUGGAAGGAUUGACCUGUGUGACACUGUCAAAACAUGUCAUGUGAAAGAGGUGUGCUUUGUGGAAAGACAGAACAAAUCAGGACGAAUGGUUUACAGAUCUGGAUGCUUAGCUGCCGAUGUAUGCACGAGUGAGCACCUAGAGUCUCUGUCUAAGGGCAACUUCUGUGUGGAAUGUUGCAGUGGCAGCUUUUGCAACAACAAAGGGUGUGGAAGUACAGGGCUUCUAAACCGUGAUCAAAGAGGUCCAGUAUGCUUCGAUUGUCAACACGUGUCGUCACCUGAACUUUGUACCUCUGUGACGUUGUGCUCACUUCAUCAGGUAUGUCGUAUAGAAAAGCUGGCAUGGGGUGAAGGCUAUCAUUACAAGAUGGGAUGUGCAAACAGUCUCUGCGAUCCUCUGACGAGAAGUCUUCAUCAUCUGUCAAAAAGAGCAACACCAGUCUGCCAUUCUUGUUGCAAUGAUGAUUACUGCAAUAAGAACUGUACCAGAACUACUAACGGAGCUGAUGGAUCUGUUUUAGUUGGCUGAAUUUGAAAGCUAACAGACAAAACUGACAGAAAUUGACGCGUUGCAUUUUGCGUCAUUUGUAAAUAAAAUAUAUGUUUGAUUGUUUAAGUGAAAACAGACUAUGUUUGACAUUAACGUAUAUAACAAGACAUUGUACAUUUUGUAUUUCCAACUUUUUUCUUAACUGAUAAAGCGGAUUAAAACUUACAUUGCAAAAAGAAGAAAAAUUGAAUGAACAUAUUUAUCUGGUAAUUCAAUAUAGAUAUAACUGUAUUGUUCUAAUAAACAUUAUAAUAUUGAGCCAUGUCAUGGGAAAACCAACAUAGUGGGUUUGCGACCAGCAUGGAUCCGCGCAGUCUGGCCAGGAUCCAUGCUUUUCGCUUUCAAAGACUAUUGGAAUCGGAGAAACUCUUAGCGAACAGGAAUAGGUGCUGAUAUUGCACGACGCCCGUACUGCUUCUAUGCAGAGGCUGCGCGGAGAAGAUAUCUUAGAAAUUCUGUGGGUCAGUCCGUUCAUCAUCGCCCGAAUUAUGGGUGGCUCGAUUUUGAGGUAAGCUUUGAAAUUUACAUGCGGUUCCCGCAUCAACUCCUGUAUCAAGGUGCCGUUGUGUCCCAGGGUGACCUGUCUCAGCAGCCACGGUUUCACGCACACCGUCCUCUUCCUGUGCCUCUGUCGAGCCUGCUGCUUAUCACGGACGACAAGAUUUCACGGGUUUCACACGGACAGCAAGCAGCAACCUUGCACCAGUUGUGCGAGGGCCGAGCGAGGGGCCCAUGAAACUACAAUCUCAGUACAAAUUAUUUUGGGCACCAUGUUUACGGAAGUCGUGCGUUGGCUGCACGAUAAGCGCGCGGACUCUUUAAUAUUUGUUUCAGAUUUGUAUAACUUUUCAUUAAACAAAAUCGUAGAAGCUGCGGAGCUCGUGAAUCCGUACGAAAAUUGCACUGCCGCUUCCUGCACGGAAAGGAGGAUACGGGUAGUCUACGGUCUCCGCAGACGCAUCGCAGGCCAAAUGUGAACUAGGCAUUACUAUUCUCUAGUGUGUAUAUGUACAUAUAAUUAUUCAUUGUAUCGUAGAAUAUGAUUUUUAGAAAGUUUAUGCGAAAAUGAUUAUGCAUAGCUAUAUACUUUUUACAAUAUUGGAAUGAAAUGUAUAAAAUGACAGUGUAAGUUUACAUUAAUUUUCUAAUAAAUGGUACAAUGUAAAAAUUGUUUCAUAAACAACAAUGACCUUUAUUCUAUUCACAUCACAUCUGUCAAAUAUUUAAAAAAAAAAUGUUAUAUCUUUCUGCAUGUUACUCUUGUAUUAUUAUUAUUAUCUCUUCACUGAGUACAAAUAAAUUUACUGAACUUACAA